AUGACAAACACUUGGAUGACAACAUCUUAUGUCAGCACCAUGGAUAAAUGUUACAAAACAACGCUGCUGGUGUUAAUCGGAGUUACAAGCUGUUAUGCUUUGCUUGACGUUUCAGGAAUUGAUCCGAAGUUUAGUGCACCGAUAGCAAACGUAACCGUACCGGUCGGGCGCGAAGGAGUGAUGACGUGCACGGUGCAUGAUUUGUACAAAUACAAGGUCGCCUGGUUACGGGUUGAUACGCAGACAAUUUUAACCAUCGAAACGCUCGUGAUAACAAAGAACGAACGGAUAGCGAUCACACACACCGAACAGCGGAUUUGGCAGCUGAGAAUUAAAGAUAUUCGUGAAUCGGACAAAGGGUGGUACAUGUGCCAGAUCAAUACGGACCCGAUGAAAAGCCAGAUGGGAUACUUGAACGUUGUCGUGCCGCCCGACAUUCUGGACUAUCCCACCAGCCAGGACAUGGUGGUGCUGGAGGGUAGCAAUAUAACACUCACCUGUGCCGCAACGGGCGUCCCCGAACCGACGGUCACCUGGAAGCGGGAGGGUGAGAAAUCUGUCACAUCCGUGGAGAAUUCCGGAAUAACGAGCCACGACGGAGCGAUGCUGCACAUCUACCACAUCGAACGGCACAACGCCGGUUCCUAUCACUGCAUCGCAUCAAACGGCGUGCCUCCGACGGUCAGCAAACGAAUUAUCGUAACAGUCAACUUCCAACCGGUUAUACGAAUAUCGACGCGCCAGUACUACGCCGAACUGGGCGGCCGGGUCAUUCUCGAGUGCCACAGCGAAGCCCAACCGAACUCCAUCAACUACUGGAUGAAGGGCAAGGGUGAAAUCAUCCUGCAGGGUGGCACGUACGACUCCACGCUCGAGGAUCACGUGUACAAGGUGACGAUGAAAAUCACCGUCCGGCUGGAGAAGGUGUCCGACUUUGGUGUGUACAAAUGUGUGGCCAAAAAUUCCCUCGGUACCACGGAGGAGUCGGUGAAAGUGUACCGCAAGACCUCCAAAACGAAACAGGUGGAAAAUCAGAUCAUUCAACAGUCGAACUAUCUCGGAUCUACGACGUUUAUCAAGAACUAUACCGAUAACAAAAUCAACGAUAUUCUCCUUACCGCAUCGGCUGCUUCUUCCAGUGGGGCGACCAUUACCAUCGGUUGGUUAGCGAUGGGCAUUGCUAUUGGCGCUGUGAAGACGUUAUGA